UUGGGCCACCUGCGGGCUCAUUUGCAUGGACUGAGGGGGCGGGGCGGCAGGGCUGACGUCACGCAGGGAAGGCUAGAGCUGCUCUUCCCGGGCCUCCCGUCCAGCGAGUUCGGGCGUGCGGGCGUGCGGGCGUUGGGUUAAGCGGUUGUAGACCACGGACUCGGAGCCUGAGCUCCAAACCCCGCAGCCGGGACCCCAACCCCGCACCCCGAACGCGACGCCGCUAUGCACGAUCCCAAGAAGGGCUGGAACCUGUCCUUCGCGGGCUGCGGCUUCCUGGGCUUUUACUAUCUCGGGGUGACCUGCUGCCUGCGCGACCGCGCCCCGCACCUCCUCCGAAACGUGUGCAAGUUCCUCGGUGCUUCGUCAGGGUCGCUGCACUGCGUUAGUUUCGUCGCCGGUGUCCCGCUCGCCCAGAUCCUGCAUGUCCUCACGGACCUCGUCCUGAAGGUCAGAAGCCAGAGCCUCGGCAUCUUCCAGCCGUCCUUCAGCUUGCACGAGUUCUUCCGGGAGGCCCUCCACCGGCACCUCCCGGCCAAUGUGCACGAGCUUGUCUCCGGCAAAGUCGGCAUCUCGCUCACCCGCGUGUCCGACUGGGAAAACGUCCUGGUGUCCGAUUUCCAGUCCAAAGAGGAGGUCGUGGAUGCCUUGCUUUGUUCCUGCUUCAUCCCUUUCAUCUCCGGCCUAAUCCCUCCCUCCUUCAGAGGCGUGCGGUACGUGGAUGGAGGAUUCACUAACAGCGUGCCCUCCUUUGAUACCAAGACAACCAUCACCGUGUCCCCCUUCUAUGGGGAGUGCGACAUCUGCCCCAAGGCCAAGUCCAUGAACUUCUUCCAUGUGGAAGUGUCCAAGCUCAACCUACACUUCUGCCUGCGGAACGGGCAGCUGCUUUGGGAAAUGCUGUUCCCCCCCGACAUCAAGGUGCUGGGGGAGAUCUGCCUGCAGGGGUACUUGGACGCGGCCAGGUUCUUGGAGAAAAACGACCUCGGCAACGGGCCCCCGCCUCCAUGCCCGAGUCUGUCCCCGGAAGAGCUGGAGGUCGUCGAGGGGCCCCGGGACACCAGGAGCCUGGAGGCCCCCCGGGAGGGAGCCGGCUGGCAGACGAGGCUGGAGAGGGACGAGUUGCUGAACCACCUGUGCCCCAGCCUCCAGCCCUGGGACCAGAGCGUCCUGCAGACAAUGUCACCCGAGCUCACCGCAGGGCUGAGCGAGGCGGUUAAAGCCCAAGGCGGCUACCUGAGCAAGAUCUGCAGCUCCCUGCCGGUGAGGGCCCUGACCUACGCGGUGCUGCCCUGCACGCUGCCCGUGCAGUCCGCCGUCGCCACGGUCCACAGGCUGGUGACGCGGCUUCCCGAUGCCCCGGACGACGCCCAGUGGCUGCAGUCCAUGGCCGGCCAGGCUUGUUCCCGGGUGACGACGCACCUGUUCCCCGCCUGCAGGUUUCCAGGUUCUGCGGUCCAGAGAUUCUGACCCAGCCGGUCAGGGCUGGGGCCCAGGAAGGCACGUCUUGAACAAUCACCCCAGAAGGGCUCUAGCAUGACCCCCAGGACACUGCGAGAGGAACUGCUGGGG